UUCACUUAUUCAGUCGUUCCGACGACCCGUCAAUCAGUGAUUAUUGUAAAAAAAAUAUUAAAUUACUGUUUGCAAAAUAUCUUGCAUGAGGAAAAAGCUGAAAGUUGUUAAUUUCAAGUGAUUACAUCGAUAACAUGAUCAUUGCGUGAAAUAUAAAUACGAUAACAAUGGCAUUUUUGGAGUGGCGAAAAUUUUCGUUUUUCGACAUCCACAAGAACGUUGACAAUGGAAAAGUAGCAGAAUGUUUGCAAGAUACAAACGUUACUGCGACAACCAGUGGAAAUGGUCAUGUGGUGCUGUGUGAUGUCACGGGGUGGGCUCACCUGAUCUCCCGCUCCUGGGAGGUCACCUCGUUCAAGGCUUAUGAGUUGACGGUGACGUUGGCACAGCAGUUGCCACAUAACCCUUAUUUAGUUACUAUUGGGGAAGACGAAGCCGGCGUGAACCCUCUGAUCAAGGUGUGGGACUGGUCCCGCAGCGACCGGCACGGCAACCCCACGUGCGCAAGAGUGUCCCGCGCCGUGCCAUCUCAUAUGAGACCUACCCCGGCCACUGCGCUCGCUGUGCAUGAUAAUAAGAGUCUGAUGGCAGUUGGUUUCCUAGACGGGUCGGUGUCACUAUUCCGCGGCGACAUCGCUCGACAGCGCAGCGGUAAAAUGAGGACUUUGCCCGAAACCGGCACAAGUCCUAUUACUGCACUGGCUUUCAAAGGUCUGGACAAGCUGUUCGUGGUGUCCCGCGCGGCGGUGGCGGUGGUGUGGCUGGGGUCGGAGCGCGGCGCCACGCUGGACGCCAUGGGCGCCGCGCCCGCCUGCGCCGUGCUGGCCGCCGGCGGCAGGCUCACUAUCGCUAAUAAUGAUGCUCUCUACUGCUACACAACCGAAGGGCGCGGACCAUGCUAUGCGCUCGAAGGAGAGAAAGUCCGUCUAGACUGGUUCCGCAGCUACCUAGUCAUCACCACUAACGAGACUCCCAACAAGUCAGCAGCUUCCACCAGCUCAGCCCCAACACCAAAAUCCCACCACCUCACCAUUCUAGACAUACAAAACAAAUUCAUCGUCUUCUCAAAGACUUUUGAUGAAAUUGACGCAGUGUUAACUGAAUGGGGGUCAUUUUAUAUACUCACAAAGAACAAGGAGGUUAUAUAUUUGGAAGAAAAGGAUUUGCAGUCGAAGUUGUCUCUGCUUUUUAAGAAGAAUUUGUAUGAUGUGGCUAUUAGGAUUGCUAGCAGCCAGCAUUAUGAUGAGAGUGGGUUGACGGAGAUCUAUAAGCAGUAUGGUGAUCAUUUGUAUAGUAAGGGCGAUUUAAAAGGUGCUAUAGAACAAUACGUAAAAACUAUAGGGUGGUUAGAAACUGCCUACGUGAUCCGCAAGUACCUAGAAUCCCGUCACUUAGAACCCCUGGUUAUUUACUUAGAAGAACUACAUAAGAAGAAGGGAUGUGCUACAGAAGACCAUACAACGUUGUUACUCACUUGCUAUAUGAAAAUAGACCAGCAUGACCAACAAGGAAAGUUGAAGGAGUUCAUCAAUUCUAAGGAUAAAGCUAUCGAUUUUGAUGUCGAUGUUGCUAUUAAGGUGAUGCGCAAAGUAAGCGUAGACGACGCCCUCUCCCUAUCAGCUAACCACAAGCGUCACGACUGGUUCCUCAAGAUGAUGAUAGAAGACAAGAAGGAUUACCGCAAGGCUUUGGACUAUAUUGUCGAAUUGGAGUUCGAUGAUGCUGAUCUGUAUAUGAAGAAGUAUGGACAUAGGCUAAUACAGCAUGAACCGGAGGAGAGUACAAAGUUUCUUAAGUUGCUAUGUACAGACUACAAGCCCCGCAGCAAGCCGCUGGUAGACGAAGCAACACUGUCUGGUACCCCGCGAGACACUCUCUGCGCGUUACCAGACGAUUACAUACACAUGUUCCUGAGCAACUCGGAGAAACUGAUAGACUUCCUAGAACAUAUGACUAAUAGUCAGCAGGAUUGUUCGAAGCUUGUGUAUGAUGCGUUGAUUGAACAUUAUAUACAUGUGUGGGCCAAAUCUCCCGAAAGCGAGAAGAAGGAAUACGAAGAGAAAGUUCUCCGUGUGUUACGUAACCCAGAAGCUAACUACGACAAAGACCAGACGCUCAUUAUCUGUCAGAUGUUAGGCUUUCAAGCUGGUGUGCUGUAUCUAUAUGAAGAGAAUAAGCUUUGGCGAGCUCAAGUAGCACUACACCUACGAAGCGGUGAUGCUGAAGCAGCCCUGGCAGUAUGCAGAAGGCGCGGUGCUCUGUGCCCGCGGCUGUGGCUGGACGUGCUGUGGGCGCCGCCGCCGCCGCGCUGUCUGCCCGAGCUGCUCAACGUCAUCGCCAACGAGAAGCUUCUGUCGCCCAUUCUAGUCAUCGACUGUCUCGCUAGCACACCUACUUACACACUAGGAGAUGUUAGAAAGUACCUAACAGACGUGCUAAAAUCCGAGAACGACGUGAUCACCCGUGAACAGCAACUAUCAAACAAGUACAGAGAAGAGAGCUCUCGCAUGAAGGAGCUGACCUCGGUCCUGCAGCGACAGCCGGUCGUCUUCCAGUCCUCGCGCUGUGCUGUGUGUAACAAGCCGUUGGAACUGCCUACCAUGCACUUUCUGUGUCAGCAUUCUUUUCAUCAGAGUUGUUUCACAACAUACGCGGAAUCAGAAACGGAAUGCGUGGUAUGCGCGAACGCGCGGCGCCGGCCCGACUCGCAGCCGCAGAUCGCCGAGACCCUACACGCCCGCCUGCACAACGAACACGACCCUUACGCAGUGGUAUCAGAGUACUACGGGCGCGGGCUCUUCAACAAGUUGACCGUCGUGACGGAGGGAGGCGUAGUGGAGCCUCCCGCCCCCGCACCCCUGGCCCCAGCCCCGGCUCCUGUGCCAGCCCCGGCGCCGCAGCCCUACGGACCUGGUGCUGAAGCUAAGCUGAGGCAGAUGGAGGGACAGAGUAAACAAGUAUACGUAGCAAACGCAGCAAAACAAGUAGCACCGAAAGGCACAACAGUAGUACCCGUACCAGAAGGUAGAAUGAGACUCAUCGAGCAGCAACGAUACAGUUCCAGCUUAGAAGCCAACCUUAACAAGUUAGAACCAGUUCACAAACCUUCCCCCUACUCCUCCCCAAUGACAGCCAAAAAACGCUUCGAAGAAAAACCACAAAGCACCGGAGUCUCUCCCGUAGUUCAGAACAUAUCUUCGGCAAUAAGUAACGGAGCUAGUAAAAACCCUUUCGAAGAUCCGUACGAUGAAACUAAGAACCCGUUUGCGGAAGAAGCGACGGAACCCACGAACCCGUUUAGCGAGGAUGACGAUUAUGAUAGCAAUUAUAAUCCGUUUUCGUGAAGUGGCACGUGAUUGGUGACUUUUGAAAGUGUUUUGAGGCUGUUUAGCUACGUUUCUGUCGGUAAAGAAUGAAAAAUACAUAAGUGCAAAUACAUAGAGUAUUUCUUCAAUUCGUGUACUGUGCUCAAUAGUGUUGCAAAGUUUAUCAUAAGGCGCUUAGUACACGGAGUAACUUCACAUAACACUUUUUUAUAUAGUUCGGCCGUUCAGAGAAUGCGUUCCUGACACAUCGCGAUUGAACU